AUGCGCAAAGCUCACUUAAUGACACAAAGACUUCAGUGGGAACGAGAGGCCAACAGGGAUGACAAAUAUCCUCAAGCAUCAAAACCCUCGAUGCCUUCCAAGAAGUUCGGGAAGCAUCAGAAACCUCCCGAUGACCCAGCGUCCCAAACACCAACUCCCUCCACAGUAUUACGCUCCAACGUGGUUGGAGGUACGAGCAGGCGCAACAGCGCAGAAACGCCCAAGACAGUUCUAAUCUUAAUCGACGGUGGACAUCGGUCUAUGUACGAGCUGCGGGAUCUAAUUUAUUCAGACGACGAAGGCGGAGACACCAUAGUGGACUCAAGUAGUGAAGCCGAAGACCACGGGUCGAGCUCCCAAGAUGAGAUGAGUGAUAGCGAAGAUGUCCGUGACCUCGAAAACUCGAACAACGGGUCGCGGGGGGUCGAUGAAGAAACAGAGCCUGACUUUGAGAUGGUGGAUGCUACUCCAGCCAAACCUGCGCAUUGCCAUGUGCCCAGCCGCAACCACUGGCACAAACAGUCCCCCCGUCAGGGGCCUUGUCAAGAUCGACUAACUCUCCAUGGUACGCCUUCUUGGCCAUCUAGGCCAUCUUACACGCCGCCCUCGAGCCUUCUACCAUCUGGACAUCCCAUUACAGACCCAGCCCCUACGUCUGUUUGCUCCAUGACCCCAUCUGACUCGAUCUCUCACAUCCAUAGUGACGCACGAGCACCACUUCCAGAAAAGGACGAUGGUCUUGUGGCUAUACGGGCUGAACUAAGAGCAAAGACACUUCUAGAGAUCUACCAGGCCAUUGACGAAGUAGCCGAGAAGAUCAUUGGGCUCACAAUACGGCGAAUCAAAGUUCGAGCGUCUAUGGCUGGCCCCGAUCUACCAGAAGACCUAUAUUUGCAGAAGCGAAAGUGGGUUGCAGUGGCUGGAGUUAUUAAGGAAGUUUUGGAAGAAAAGACGGGUCCACAUGAUGAUGCAUUACUUGGGGGGAAGUGGUGGUGGUGGAUGUUCAUUUGA